CGAGGGACGCGGUGCGCGCCGUGUGCGGGCGGGGCGGCGGCAGCGGAGGGACAGAGGAGAGGAGCGGGGCGGGAGCGGGAGCGGGGCUCCAGGGGGGGAAUGCGGCUCCGGUAGCGCUCCGGGCCGGGCCCGACGGCAGCGCCGAUCGCAGCCGGGGGCAGCUCAGCCCGCGUCACCGCAGGCGACCCUGCCAGCGGCGGACACGCCGUCCUGUCAGAGCCUAACGGAGAUGUUGGUGUAACGCGAGUGAACGGAUACUUGCAGCAGAAAUUCCCUAAAAUAAAUGACAAAACGUUGUCUCGCUGUAUCCGCGGUGCAGCACAGCAGCACUCCGGCGCGUUUCACUCUGGCUCUCCCUCCCCUGGCGGCGCUUCGUGCCCGCCGGGAGCUCGCGCUCGGCCUCCGCUCCUCCGUGCCGCCGGGGGGCGCUGCGCUGUGCGGGUGGCGCUCUAGCGUCUCUCGGUGGUGGUGGGCGGGGCGCGGCUUUGAGGCGGCACUCUGCGGAGCUGCUGGGGGGGGAGUUUGGUUCUGUCAGGGAUCGGUCUCGCGGUGUGAGGGGACGCGCGGAGGCCGCGGCGCUCCGGUGAGGGCAGAGGCCGAGGGGAGGGGCCACGGGGCUCUGUGAGGCUCCCCUCAGCUGGAGGCGGUGCGGCGGCCUCGGUCGUGGGUGAGGGCUGGUAGCUCUGGAGAUACGGGUCGGCUCCCUGCAGUUCUCGGCAGUUUGUCCAGAAGCACAAAAAGCGUUUAGAUCCUAGUUCUUCUCUGCCAUAAGGAAUUUCGUGCACGCGAAGAGCGGCUGUGGGUGCUCCAUCCUUGAAGUGCCUGAGGCUGUUGGGCCCUGGGCGGCCGGUCUGGUGGGGAGCAGCCUACCCACUACACAGCGUGGGCUGGGGGGCUGCAGGGGCCCUUCCAACCCAUUCUAUGGUCCUACGAACUCAGAGUGUCUGCAGUGAGAUGUUCUUCUGUCACACCUUAAACCUUACAUGUUGAAAUUUACCAGCUGGUUGCUGGCUGUGAGCUCGGGGGGUUGUACAGAGCCUUAGUUUCUCUGAAGCCUUUGGCAGGUGCAAUGCUCUGUAUGCAGAAGUUUUUGCUGGAGCUGGGUGGAAUUGACUGCUUUAUUCAUUUUCUUGUGUUUAUGGAUGCUAGAGGUUUAAGAAAAAACAGAGUCUGUUUGGUUAGGUACUGAUUUUCUAUUCCUUGAUUGGCCCUAUGGUCAUCUGCUCCACUUUACACCAUCUUUCCAGCACAGCUUUACCUAGGCACAGCUUCUGUCUUAGGCGUCACACAGUUAUGGCUGUUUAUUGCCUAAGAUCUGUUAGCAUAGCAUCAUUCAGAUCAGCAGGGCUGCGAGUGUGCAUGUGGAUGCUUUCCAUGUUCAACGUCUAGAAAUGUAUUAUGCUCUUUGUAUAUUCAGGUGAGGUGAGUGGAACUCCUGUCAUUCUGCAGAUACAAAGUACUUGGGAUGGAACACCUCCCUGUGAGGACAGGCUGAGAGCUGGGGCUCUGCAGCCCGGAGAGGAGAAGGCUCCAGGCAGACCUGAGAGCAGUCCUUCAGUAUCUAAAGAAGGAAGUCUAUAAGAAAGAAGGGGACAGACACUUUAGCAGGAUCCAGUGUGAUGGGACAAGGGGAAAUGGAUUCACACUGAAAGAUUUAGACUGGUUAUAAGUAAAAAGGUUUUUUUACAGUAAGGGUAGUGAGGCACUGGCAUAGGUUGCCCAGAGAGGUGGUGGUGCCCCAUCCCUGGAAACACCCAAGGUCAGGGGGACGUGGCUCAGACAGCCUGAUCAGCUGUGGGUGUCCCUGUGCAUUGCAGGGGAGUAGGACUGGAUGAACUUCAAAGAUCCCUCCCGACUCAAAGGAUUCUAUGAGUCUUGGUGUCUGUCAUUUAGCAUAAAUCCAUCUGAUGGAUUGUUCACAAAUAACCAGAACAAAUUUCUUUAUCCGAAGCUAACAUACAACAGCUCGGUGCAGCAAGUAUAUUUAUUUACUGCAGACUUGGGACUGUAGCAAAAUGGAGAAAUUCAAAAGGAGAUUAAAACCUGUAAAGGUCCGUGUAAUCCAACAGCUGCCUAGGCCUGAAAUACACACAACUGGACAGUCUGUUGCUCACCAAUCUGUCAGACAGUUUCAGGACAGAUGUGAUGACAAUCUGGAUCGAGCUGGGCAUGCCCCGCGGAGGGGAAGAAGGUUAAAAGAAUUCCAAAUCAGUUACCUAGAAAGGAAGUUCUUCUAUCUCUGGGCAAAAAAGACAUUUGGACAAGUUCUCCCUUCCAAAGCCAGAUGCCUUUAUGAGCAGAAGAUUCUUCAAAACACUUUCAGUGUGUGGAGGGAAUGGUGGAGUGUUUGCAGAGAAAGACAGCUCAGCCUCAGAGCAGAGAGCCAUUACAGGCACUUACUCCACGGUUCGAUAUUCAGGGCUUGGAGAGCUUAUGUGUGCCAGCAACAAGGAAAGAGGAACAAAUACUAUGUUGCAGAGUCUCGUGCAAGGAAGCAAAAACUGCUCAGCACCUGGCAGCACUGGCUGAUUUAUGUUGAUGUCCAAAGGACAAAACAAAGGAUGCAGUCUGUGGCAGUGGCAUUCAGCAUGUCAUGGGCAGUGUGGAGAAGGCGAUGCUGUCAGAUCUGUACUGGACGUAAAAUGAAUAUUUUGGCUCUGCAGCAUUGGGCCCAGAGCCUGCAAUUUCGAGCUUGGUUGCAGUGGCGAGAUCUAUAUUUAAACAGCCAGAAUGACAAGCAGAAGGAGACUAGGGCAGUAACUCACCAUGUGCAUUGGGAAUUGAAGAGGUGCAUGGAAGCAUGGCUGGAAUACGUGAAUGUCCGCAGGGAAAAGAACCGCCAGAAUGAGCUAGCUCAAGAGCGUCACCGAGGCAGGGUAGUCCGGCAGUGUUUCUCGGAUUGGCGUCUGUCAUGUGAGUGCAGGAGAAGAGUGUAUGCUCACCAAAAGAAUCUUGAAAAACUGUCAGCAAGGCUUACCUUAUGGAGAGCCUUUGCACACUGGAAGCAUUAUGUUGUUCUGUGUGUGGAAGAGACUCUGCAAUGUGAGCUGGCUGAAAAGCACCGCAGACAUCAUCUGUUGAAGUUUGGGUUUAAGGGUCUUCAGCAGAAUAUCAAGAACAGUCAUCUUCAUCAAAUGAGAAAAAAUCUGUCGUUCCACCAGCACCGAGUUACCGUGCUGCAGAAGUUCUGGAACCGUUGGACGUCCCGUUUGGAAGAGAAGGAGGAACAACAACAGCAGGCCUUAACAUCUAUGGCUCACGCCCAUUACAGGAGGGUGUUGAUGAGGCACAUAUUUGAUGUGUGGUUGGUGAAGGCGUGCAAGCAGCAAGAAUACAGAAUGGGAGAGAACAGGGCUGUACUUCAUUUUGAAAGGCAACUUUUGGCUUCUUCCUGGUGCUUUUGGCGUAAAAGAACAGCUGCACAUCUGGAAGAGCAAGAGGACUUGGCUCGUGCAAGAGAUCACUACAGGAACAUGCUUCUGCUGAAUGCUUUCUCUCUGUGGAAGCAAAAUACUCAGGAGAGAAAAAUGGAGAAGCUCAAAGAGAUGCAAGCCUUAAGAUUUCACUAUACAAAGUGUCUGCAGCAAUCUUGGAACAAGUGGAGAAAGUAUGUGGGACAUCAGUGCGAGAAAUGGAGGAAGCUGGUGCAAGCAGACAAGCAUUAUCAGCACUCACUACUGGGCAAGACGUUGGCAGCCUGGAAGAGUUAUCAAAAUAACGUUCACUGCAUUCUGUACCAAGUAGCUGAAAAGGAGGAACAGCACAAUAGAUUACUGCUGUGGCAGUUUCUGUAUAUGUGGAGAGAAAAUGCCCUUGCUCUUAUACAUGAAAGAAAGGUGACUACUCAAGCAGAUGAGCACUACCAGAGAGCAAUCCUGAUAAAGGUGCUGCUGCAGUGGAGGUGUGCUGCCUCACUACAGGUGUAUCACCGUCAGCAGAAGGUGACAGCUGUGAUGGAGGCCAGAAAACAUUUGGAUAUGGUGCGUUUACAGACCCUGUUUCUUCGCUGGAAGGAAUUCACUAGGGAGUCUCUGAUGCUGAAAGUUCAGCAGCACAGAGCAGUGCAGCACCAUCAGCAGCAUCUACUGCAGAAUUACCUGGAAAAAUGGAAGAAAUACCAUCAGUGGUGCAUUGAGAAGAUGCUACUGCAGAGAAAAGGAGGACAGCUAAUGACUCAUAGACUUCGCUCUACUUUCUUUUCGUGCUGGAAGGCACGGCUGUUGCAGCAGCAAUGGGAAAAGCAGAAGACAGUGCAAGCAUUGUGGCACUGGUCCCUUUCACUGCAGAGGAAGGUAUUCAGCGCUUGGCUGAGAUUUGCCCAAGGGCAACUGUGGAACAAAGAACGCAUUGAAAAAGCCAAAGAGGUUUAUCGUGCUGCCCUCCUGAGAGAAGGUGUAACCAGGAUUUUGAGGUACACUGCUGGCAUGAAACAAUUGCGGGGAGAACUCCAAGCCCAGAACCAAAUGAAGGCAGCCUACAAUCUUCACCAGUCAGUCUAUCGCUGUGCAAUGCUCUGGAAACAGAAGGCUCUCUACAAGAAAUUAAAUAAGCCUCGUUCUUUCCUGCCACCUCUGAAGAAGCAAGUGACAUUUGAAAUACCUGAUGGUAGCCUUGAAACAAGAGGAUGUUCAGCAGAGGAAAAGCUGUGGCCUUCAAAAUGCGGUGAUCUACCAUUCCUAGUUGCUGGUAGUAACUCAGUUCUCAGUGAGCUAGAGGUUGUUCGGCGAGCGAGAUUACCACCACGAAGACCUGACUUCCUUGUAGAAUCUCUAGAAAGCAAGGAACUGCUGGGAACUCCUUUUUCCAGAUCAGAGAUGCCUGUUCAGCCAACAGAUGUGAACAAGCGUUCUUCUCGGACUGGGAACUUAAUGUUAGCAAUGGAAAUGGAAGAAAACACCUGUAAAUGGCUCUCUCAACUGGGCAGUACCACUCACUGCUACUCUUCUCUGACACAUGCUGCUCUCCCAUCUGUACCAUCAAGGACAAGUGAUGUGCGCCGUGCUGUUCAGAAGCCGGAGUUAUGGUCUCCUUCAUUUUUCAUGCCCCAGGUGAAAGCUGGAGCAGAAAUGAAAGGAGGUCAGCCUGUGCAUGGUCAGAGAGGAGCCCAUUCCCAAGCCCGUCAACAGAGAAAAGACUUGGAGAAGUUGCAACCAAACUUACAGCCACAUUUGCUGUCACCUGAAGACUUGCUGAGAAAACAGAGUCACCAAAAUGCAGCUCAAUUGGAAGAAAGAGAGCGCAGUUCCAGAGAAGAAAUGGUGUUACAGAGAAAGCUGGAAGCGGAGCUCCAGAGCAUCCAACAGCAAAUGCAGUACUACUUCAGCAGGAAGCAAGAACUCAAGUCCUGUCAGCAGCAGGCACGGAUUCUACAUAAGUGGCUAGAAAGGAGCGCACAACCACAGGACCAAGACGGUGUACAAAAGGUUCAGGAAGAAUUGGACCAGUUGGAGGUGAGGAUCAGCGCUCUCACCAAAGCACAAUGCCAAGAGAGACAUCACGUGCAGAACCUGGUUGCUCGCCUCCAUGAUAUUCAGGUUGCUCUGGAUACGUAAACUCAUGUAAACCCAACUUCUAGCUGCUGAGUAGGAAUGUCUGUGGUUUUCACCCCUUUCGGAGCAGGAGAGGAUGGAAAGAGAUGUAUACAUUCUCUUAGUCCAGGUGUGGUAUUUCUAUUUUAUAAACUAACUUAAAUAUU